AUGAUCCAGAUCCGGAUCCGGAGCCACAGAUCCACUGGCCGCCCGGACUGGGAGUCCACCACGUCCGAGCCGCCGCCCAGCCCGCGGCUCGACGAGAAGGACGUGACCUCGGCUCAGAUCGACACCUGGAUCCGCCAAGGCGACCUGGAGAAGCUGGAGCAGGUGCUGGUCGACGGGCACGGCGACAGUCUGCACGGCAAAACGGCCUGGAACGAGCAGGCGCGAGGUAUUCUCAAGGCGGCACCCGCCUUCAUGGAGCAGAUCGCGGCCAUACACAUCGCGGCAGCGCGCGGCGAUGUGGCCGAGGUCAAGGAACUGGCGCGCAUCAAGGGCCCCCACUCGAAGUCCGCCAAGCUGGUGCAGUCGCUAGACGAGCAGGGCCGGCUGCCGCUACACCUGGCCGCCUGGUACGGACACACGCCCGUCAUCCAGUUUUUGACCGAGCGCUACCCGGCCGGCGUGCAUAUCCUGGACAAGGACUCGCGGGCGCCUCAGCAUUAUGCGGCUAUGGCCAGCGAUUCUAAGAAGGCCAAGAAGAACUACAACUACUUGAUUGAAAAGGGUGGCAACGAUAAUGUGAAGGAUUUGCGCGGCAACACCGCCAGCUACUACCUAACCAACCCGGCGGACGAGUCCCGGCCGCCAACGCCCGAGAAGGGCGCUAAACUUCGGGAACGGAACAGGACCCAGGACCGCGGCCGGGACCAGGACCAUGACCGGGACCGGGACCGGGACCGGGACCAGGACGGGGGCCGGCGGUCGCGCGGGCAGUCACGCCACUCGCCGCGGCGAGGCAGCGACCGCGGAGAGGACGCGGACAUCGAUAUGGACACGGUGGAGAGGAUGCUGCUCACCGGUCGAGGCGAAGAGCUCAAGGGCGCCCGGUCAAAGGAUCCUGAUGUGCAGGAGCUGCUGGACUCUGUGCCGUAUAUCCUGGGCAAGAUAGAGAGCGCGCACCGCGCGGCGGAGAGUGGCGAGACCCGCGACGUGCAGGCGCAGCUGGACCGCAGGAAGUUGGCCGGCUCGACGCUCAAGGAUGGCGCCAAUCCGCUGCACCGGGCCGCGUUCAUGGGACACGCCGGCGUUGUCCGCUACCUGGCGCAGAACUUCCCGGACACGAUGGAGGCGGCGGACAGGAACGGCCGGACACCGCUGCAUUACGCCGCCGGGAGCCGGGACGGCGGGCACUGCUACAAACUGCUGCAGAGAGCCGGCGCGCGCGAGGACGCUACGGACAAGCGAGGCCGCGAGCCGCGGUACUACCUGGAGCACCGCGGCGCGCUCCGCUACACUUCCGUGGACCAGCAGACGGAGGACUACGCCGACUCCGAGGACGAGGCUGACGCCGGAGCCGGCGCGAGCCACCGCAGUCCGGACCGGCUGGGCGCCGGCUCGCGGCUGGACGGGCGGCGCGCCAGCAUGGACGAGCACGGCUCGCGCAGCGUCAGCCGCGCCUCAGCCGCGCCCGACAUCGAGUUCACCGAGGACGCCAGCCGAGACGAGGUGGACGAGAUCGAGCGCGCCUUCGAGACGCUGCAGCGCUCCUCGUCCAAGUCGCUGCUGCGCAAGCACCUGACGCGCGAUGUGCUGGAGCAGGUGAAGCGGCGCCGCACGCGCCAUGGCGCCACGCUGAUGGAUGUCAUUCGCUCUGGCGUGGCCAACCUCGACUCGGGCGUGGGCGUGUACGCCCCGGAUGGCGACGCGUACACCGUGUUCGCGCCUCUCUUCGACCCCAUCAUUGAGGAAUACCACGCCGGCUUCGGGCCGGCCAUGCGCCAGCCGUCCAUCUCCUUCGGCCACCCGAAAGCAGCUGCCAAGGUGCUGGGAAACCUGUCGCGGCUGGGCAAGUACGUCAUCAGCACGCGCAUCCGAACGGCGCGCAGUCUGGAGCAGUUCCCACUGAACCCGCUGAUGAACGAGCACGACUAUCUGGACCUGGAGUCGGAGGUCAGCCAGGUGUUGAAGGACCUCAAGGGCGACCUCGCAGGUACUUACUACCCGCUGGACGGCAUGAGUGCUAAGGACAAGAAGCAGCUCAUCGACAACCACUUCCUCUUCAAAGAGGGCGACCGCUUCCUGCAGGCGGCCAACGCGUCGCGCCAUUGGCCCAAGGGCCGCGGCAUCUUCCACAACGAAGCCAAGACGUUCCUCGUCUGGAUCAACGAGGAGGACCACCUACGCGUCAUCAGCAUGGAGCAGGGCGGCAACGUGACCAGCGUGUACGCACGCCUCGUCACGGCCCUCGUCAACCUCGGCAAGCAGCUGCGGCUGCGGCGCGACCGCCGACUCGGCUCUGUCACAUUCUGCCCGACCAACCUGGGCACGGCCAUCCGCGCCUCGGUGCACAUCCGGCUACCGCGGCUGGCGCGCAACCCGGCGCAGCUGGAGGCGGCGUGCGCGCGGCUCGGCCUGCAGGUGCGCGGCACGCACGGCGAGCACUCGGAGAGCGAGGAGGGCGUGUUCGACCUGAGCAACAAGCGCCGCCUGGGCCUCACUGAACUCGACGCUGUCACCGAGAUGUACCGCGGCGUCUCGGAGAUCAUACAGAUGGAGCGCGACGCCAAGAAGUAGUGGGCGCCGGACGGCGGGGUGCGGACUCUGGGCGGCUGUGGCGGCAGCGACGACCGGUACGCGUCGAAUACCGACAACGGCACAGGCGCGGACUAUGGGUACCUAGGAGAGAUGAAUGGGGGCGCUGUAGAGGACGCGCGUGUGGUGAUU